GCAUCAGCCUAUCAAAUGGGUCACUGUCAAUCCGUGGUCGGGGCUUAAGACCUCUUCCAUCCUCUUUCUUCCUCACCCCCACCACCAAUUCUCUUGGCGAUUGCCAUCUCUCUCUCUCUAGACUCUAGAGGCGGUGAAGAAGGGUUGAGCAAAACCCCAAAAAGAGAAAAAAGAAAAGCAAAGCAGAAAAGAUUGAAUUCAAAUCUCUCAUGUGUAGACCCCACUCCACCUCCAGCCACCGGCGCUAUUAACCCUUUCUUUGUUUACAAGUUCAACAACCUUUCACACUUCGAUUGCCCCUUCCAUCUCUCUCUCUCUCUCUAGCCAUCCAUCCCCCCCAACUCCUCAUUUAUUUAUUUAUAUCUAUAUUAGCUAUGAACAAAACGAAAUCUAAUCUCUCUCUCUCUCCAUCUUUCACUCACUGUAUGCGUCUAUCUGAUAAGUCAUAACUACAUCCCUCCAUCAAUCUGUCUUGUUUGUUUUGGCCUUCAUCUCUAUCUUUUAUAUACAUAUUCUUCCUUAUUUUAUGUUAUUUUAGGGGACGUGUCUGUUUUGUUGUAAUUUAUUGAGAGUUUUUUAAAAAGAAAUUCGGAGGAGAAGAUGAAAAGCGAAUAUGAAGAAGGGAAGGGUGGUGGUGGUGGAGGAGGAAACAAUAGCAUGUUCGCAAAGCUUCAUCACCAACAACACCACAAGUUUCAUCAACUACAACAAGUGAUCACCCAAGAAUGCCACCACCCACCACAGCAUACCUCAGAAGAAGACGAGAGCCGAAGCAGCGGCGGCGGUGGCGGUGACAGCGCCACCAUGGCCAUCAUUAACAACCCUUCUGAAGCAACCACAACCAAAGGAGACGGAGCCACCAUCGAAGUGGUGAGGCGUCCAAGAGGCCGCCCACCUGGCUCUAAGAAUAAGGCCAAGCCACCGGUCAUCAUCACCCGUGACACCAUAGACUCCACCGCCAUGCGCCCUUAUGUCCUCGAAGUUCCCGGAGGAAUCGACGUUCUCGACGCCCUUGCCCACUUCAUCCGUCGCCGUAAUAUAGGGCUUUGCGUCCUCAGCGGUUCCGGCACCGUCGCCAACGUCACACUCCGCCAGCCUUCCGCUACUCCUGGCGCCACCGUAACCUUCCACGGCCGCUUCGAUAUUCUAUCUAUCUCCGCUACUUUGCUUCCACCGUCUUCAUCUUCAAUCCCUUCUUCCGCUAAUUCAUUCACCAUUUCUCUCGCUGGUCCAUCGGGUCAGAUCGUUGGAGGGUCCGUUGUUGGUUCUCUGCUCGCUGCCGGCACUGUUUAUAUCGUUGCGGCCGCAUUCACUGAUCCAUCUUAUUACCGGUUACCUUCUGAAGAUGAGCUACAGAGUUCCAUAUCGGGUAACGUUGGUCACUCUCCGUCGGGCUCCGGAGGCUGUGGUGGCGAGGGAAGCCAUGACCACCCUGGUCCGCCACCUGGUCCGGCGGAGUCGUGUGGGAUAUCAAUCUACGGCAGCCAUCUCUCUUCGGAUGUGAUUUGGGCCCCCACCGCCAGACAACAACAACAACCACCACCACACUUUUGAAUUCAGCCUUUGACUUUUGCCUUUUUUUUCUAGAAUCCUUUUUUGGGUUUUUUUUCUUCGUUACUUUUUUUAGCUUGUGAAUUCAGAAUUCAGAAUUUGUUCUCUGUAGUUGUUUUUCUUUGCUCUUAAUCGAUCCGUUUCUUUUAGCUUAA